AUGUCUGUCAGUGAUCGACCUAUAUCACCGCCUCAAGCGCAUCGACCCUCCACUGCCACCAGCCAAGGCUCCACCAUCCGAGAUUUCGUGCGAGAUGAUGACACACUAUCAGGUAUUGAUCCGGAUCAGACAGACGCUCGACCACUGGAAGAAGAUGGCAUUUCGUUCCAGUCUCAAGACACGCUUGACUCGAAUCAGAAGGCAUUCCAGUUCAGCUUUAUUGAAAAAUUUGUCCACCCGCACCAGAAAAAUGGGCCACAGCAGCAACAAGAGCAGCAUCAGCAAACGAUCAAAGUGCCUGGCCAGGAACGCAUCACCAUUGUAGAAGAUGCGCCCUUUCACCGAAGUGAUGAUCAUCAUCAACAACAACAGCAACAGCAGCAGAAUACAAACACGAGUCAUCCCUGGAUUGCCCGUAUUAAGAAAUCAAAGAUUUUCAGAUGGAUUCUCAAGCAAUGCACGGCUACUGAUAACAGAUAUGCAUUUCAAAUGGGCGUUGCCUUUACAUUAGCGGCUUUACUGGUCAUCAUAGGCCCUGUGUCAGAUAUAUUUCCUAACGUAUUUUGGGUUGGUGUAUCCGUGGUUACUGUGCUGGAUAAUACAGUAGGUGGGUUCUUGAACCUCAGCAUUCAGCGCCUACUGGGGACACUGAUUGGUGGUGGAUUCAGUAUUGUCGUCAUGACCAUCACAAGAGCCAUCUUUCAUCCACGAUGGGAGUGGGAUGCUGCACUCUUGUUGGGGUUCUUGAUGUUUAUCCAGGUAUUUUGCAUUGCCAAACUAAAGAUGAUGCCCAACAUGGCCUAUGCUGGCAGUAUUGGUCUGCUCACUACAUGUAUCAUCUUAUUAUCCGGGUACUCUGAUCUCAUUCAUGACAGACUAUCUUAUGCAGCAGAGCUAGGGGCAUGGAGAACGCUUAAUCUUAUUAUCGGUAUAGUGAUAUCUCUACUUGUAUCAUUGCUAGUGUUCCCCCUAAAAGCCAGCAGUGUUAUGCGCAAGAAUCUCGGAAAGGCGCUAGAGGAUGCAGCAGACUUGUAUGAGAAAUCAUCUGCAUAUUAUCUAGACUUUAGUGGCCACACUACAGCUGCAGUGGACGAGUCACUUUCAUCUACGAUUGCACGUCGACUGCCAGCAGAGAUGAUAGCAGAAGCGAAUGCACAGCAAUUGUCCAUCACAGACAUUCUGACCAGAACAUUUUCGACACAACCGCCCGAGACCAGCGCUGUAGACACGCAGCAGCAGCUACGUCAACAGAUCGAUGAAAUCAACAAGUUUUGGAUGCAUGACUCUAUUACGAAUAUCAGCAAUCAGGCAUUUGGCGUGCUGGCCAAACUGCAAGUUGAAGCGACUCGUCUACGCAAUGUCUCCAACGAGUACUAUUUCCAGAUUAUAUUCCACAUCUUUGGCGGCGGCAGAGAGAGAUGCAAACGAGAUAUGCGACGAGCCAAGCGAUACAACGAUGCUAUUGAAGCCAUGAAGCGCGUGGUAUGGCCGUUGGUGUCAUUUAGAUUGUUGCUGCCCUUGAUCAGUCUUAGUCAGACGGCCAAUCGAUUGGAUGAAUUGACCGGCGCUAGGCCCCUCCAUGGAUCGCCCACAUCACCAGACUCAAUUACGCUGCAGGAGCGCAUCACACCUACCAGAGAGACAUUGGACAGCUUCCACGAUAGUUUGGCCGUAAUGCUUCGUCUUGGAAAGAUACUCAAGGACCAUAGAAAGUCAUUGAGCGAGUUCCCUGACGACUGGCUUGACAUUGAUCGCAUGGUCACUGCUGGCAAUCUGCAUAUACAGCGAGAACUGAAGCUUAUUAUCAAGGUGGCCAUGUACACACAUAAUACGGAUGGUCUUAAAUUGUUGUCCUAUUAUGGAUUUCUGGUCAGAUGUUCGAUGAUUUGGGAUGGCCUCAAGACGGUGGUAGAGAAGCUCAGUCCUCUGAACGGAUCCCUCAGUCGGGCAUCGAGUAUGGGGCUAGGAACUCCUUUGCCGAACAGAGAGAUGAUGCAUCCUGCCGAGUGA